AUGGCCACCAACGCGAAAUGGCACGAGCUGCCUAACAAUACCAACCCCAUCUGGUACAAGGAUGCAGGCCUACGUCGCAACGUAGCCUUUGGUUUGGGACUUUGUCUCGUUAUUGCCACGAAUGCCAUGCCCUCUUGGCAGAAAUACUUCAAUCGGCCAACUGGUGCCCUGCUUGGUAUCUACGCUGCAUCGUUCUUCUUGCCAUCAAUUUUCACUUCAUUCAUUGGUGAUUAUCUCUCCACCAAACUGGGCCGACGCUGGUGCAUCCUUAUUUCUACUGUUGUUUUGAUCAUUGGGGCUCUUGUCAACACAUUUUCCAAUUCAAUUGGCAUGUGGUGCGGCGGUGAGAUCUUCUACUGUAUGACCCCCUUGUUCGCAUCGAUACUGAUUGUUCAGGCCGUGCGAUUAUGGGAGCCGGUGUCGGAAUGA